UCCAAAACAGCCCAGGAGUACAAGUGUGCCAGAACCAAGAGUUCAUGUAUAGUUAACGAAGCACUGGCACCACAUUUCAUGAGUGAGUUGGUGGUAUAAAUGAGGGAAGGGCCAUACACCCUCAUUACAGAUGGAUCCAAUGACACAGGAGUAGAGAAGAUGAACCCCCUGACUGUCCGGAUGUUUAUGAAAGAUAAGGUUGUCCACCGCUUCCUGGGGAUGUGUACUACUAGCGGAACAAGGUGUGGGACAGCAGACAUCAUCUUCAGCAAGAUAAAUGCCACCUUAGCAGAAAAGGCUAUCCCAUGGCAAAACUGUGUUGGUCUGUCUGUGGACAAUGCUGCUGUGAACAUAGGUUCAAAGAAUUCCAUCGCCUCCAGAAUCCUGAAAGAACACUCCAGUAUUUACGUUCAUGGUUGCCCAUGUCAUAUAGUCCACAACACCGCUAAAAGAGCUGGGAUGGGAUUUUUGGAUGUGUCCAAAUUUGAUCUGGAGGACUUGGUAGUUGAUGUUGGCUACUGGUUCAAGGGUAGCACAGACAGAAAGGGGUACUUGACAGAAUUUUAUGAGCUCCAUGAGGCGGAGUAUGUGGAGAUCCUCAUGCAUGUCUCCGUUCGUUGGUUAAGUCUGGAAUGCUGUCUGACCCGGAUCUGAGGCUAUAUGAACCUCUGGCCAGCUACUUCAAAUCUGCUAAUGAUAGUCAGGCGAGGUUCAGGAGACUUCAGAAGGCGUUCUCUGACCCCAUGACGGAGGUGUACUUACUUUUCUUCCAGGCCACCCUACCAGUAUUCACCUCAUUCAACCUUCUGCUCCAGAGAGAACAGUCCUCAAUAUUUUUGUUACACGAUGAGAUGAUGAACUUCAUUCGCAAGCUGUGCGCCAAGUUCAUGGUGCCUACAGCGUUGCAGGAAGACAAACAAUUCUUGCUUUUUAAAGAAAAGGCAAACCAUUUGCCAGGAAGAAAGCUGAAUAUUGGAUUCACCACCAGGGUGAAGCUCAACAAGCUACUGGAUGAUGGAGACAUCACGCCAGAGCAGAUGGAGCAAUUCCAUGAAGCUGCCUUGGCAUUUCUGACCUAUGCUGUGGACUAUGCUCUAAAAAAGCUGCCCCUACAAGAGCCACUGCUCAAGCACGCAAAGUUUGUUGAUUUUCGGCAGAGGUUGGAAUGCGGUGUAGAAGAUGCCCUUUACUUUGUUAAGAGGUUUCCCAACCUGCUCCCCUUCCAUGGGCCUCAGGAGUAUAACCAACUCAGUGACGAGUUCCUGGAAUACCAGACUAUACCAAUACCACACCUGCAGGUCCCAGAGGAAAUUGAGAUGGAGAGCUUCUGGGCUGAAAUGGCUAGCCUAAAACAUAAGGUGACAGGUGUAGGCCUGUUCCCGAGGCUUGCCACCAUAGCAAAGAUUGUCCUGGUGCUACCCUAUUCAAAUGCUGAUGCGGAGAGAGUGUUUUCUGUGGUGGGACUCAACAAGAAAAAGACCAGGAACAGCCUUGCCCUGGAUGGCACCCUGUCAUCAAUAAUGACAAUAAAAAUGGCUGGCCUGGAGCCCUGCUUCAAGUGGAAGCCCCCCCCAGCAAUCAUCAAGGCCUCUAAGAAGGCCACAGUUCAGUACAACAAGGCACACAGAUCUUAAAUACAAUGUUCACACAGUGGUUAAACUUAUUGUAUUUAAGUUGUUAUUA